UUCAACAGGCGUCACUUCCGGGAAUUCCUAUAGGCGAUGUGUAAUCAGCGAUGGAGGAAUUGGAGUUGGUCGUGUAAAAGAUUUAGCGCUUCUUGUAACGUGUUUAACGAAUUAAUGGCUCGUUGGCGGUUUUAUUUACAAUUUUAAAUGGUGUAUUUCCAGGCUGUCUUGUGGAAGUGAGCCUGGAAGUCACGUUAUGAAGCCGAAGUCGUUGGUAUGAAAAGCGAGAAGCAGAUAUAAAACCUGCUUUACCCGUCAUCCUUUUUUUCCUCAUCCAGGAUUCCGGUGAACAUGGCGAAAUUUACACUGUAAAUCUUCAUUAACCCAGCGCAGAGGUAAUGGGCGCAGACAGUGAUGCAGGUGCUUCUCCAGCUGUGCCUUGGCGUAAAGUGCUGUAUGAGCGCCAGCCGUUCCCUGACAACUACGUGGACCGCCGCUUCCUAGAGGAGCUUCGACGCAACAUCAGAGUGCGUCGGUACAGCUACUGGGCAGUAGUUCGAGAAACCGGGCUGGUCUCUCAGCAGCUCUCGUGCGUGGCCCUGUUCCUCACGCUGUGGUCCUACAUGGAGCAGGGAAAUGUGGGUCCUUUGACGCUGCUUUGGACAGGCCUGGGAUGCUCGGUGCUGGGCUACACGCUCUAUGAGGCUCUGGGAGGAGGGAUCGACCGAGAACGGACACGCUGCGCCGACCUGCAGAGCGCUGCUGUGUUCAUGGCCUUUACCUUCGGUUUCUCGCCAGUGCUCAAGACGUUGACCGAGUCUGUGAGCACGGAUACGGUGUACGCCAUGUCCGCCGGCAUGCUUAUCGCACACUUGGCGUCUUUCCCCUACACACAGCCGAGCCUGCCAGGCAGCCUUUCGCUCAACGCUGCGCUCUUCGCCUCUGUGUGCUUGGCAUCGCGCCUGCCCGGGACCCUGCACACCUUCGCUAUGCUGAGCUGCGCCCUGCUCGUCUUCGCACUCUGGCCGUGUCUGCUGCAGCGACUGAGACACACGGCUGAGUGGACUUUCCCCUGGGCGGCCGGGAUGGUGUGCGUGUGUGGAGUUGUUGGUGUUGGUACUUUGUGGCCCGCUGGAGCUCUUCUCUUGUUUCUAGCUCUAGUAAUACUAACGUUGGUGUGUCCGCUGCUGCUGGUGCGUCUACAGAGGCACAAAGACAACAUCCACGGGCCGUGGGACGAGGCUGAGAUCAGCGAUGACCUGUCCCGCUUUCUGAGUUGAUGUGAAUGUGGAUGUCACAGGAUAUCUUCCAUAUGUCUGGUCUUUAAAUUCUACACUGCCUGUUUUGGGCACUGAUGCAAAAUGGGCUGCUCGUGUUGUAUGUUUAGCACUUUUACAUGAAAUCUCAGGUUAAGCACUAUUUUAGGGACGGACUGCUCGUUUUACGAAACAACUAUUCGCUUAUUAUUCACUAAAGUUCUAAAUAAGUAACACAAGGCGCAACCGAUAACUGGAGCAGUAUUUCUUAAAAUGUGUUAUUAAAAAGCUACUCUGAAAUAUGAUUAAUAAUAUGUUAAUAAAUGUUUUAUUUAUUGUACGUGUAAUAAAGAUGAUAUAUUCAA